ACACCGAACACGGAGCAGUGGUAGAAGCUCUCGGCUUUAGGUAGUUAAUGGAAGCCAAGUGCUCAACCAAGUCCGUAUUUUGGAACGGCCGCUCACGUGACCUCUAGUGACUGAUUUCAAUAAUCCAAUAUGGAAUGUCCUUACAAAAUUUUCAUGCAAAAAGUGCCCAAGAGUCCUCUGUGUUUAUUGAAAUAAAUGUUUCAUUGUGGAGAACUUUAAAGAUGGCUUUACGUCUGCGCAUUAUCUUCCCCUACGCGUUACCUGGAGUGCUGGCACUUAUUGGUUGGUGGUGGUUUUUUUCUCGAAAGAAAGAGAAAAGUAGUAACCAAGAAAAGCGCAUCACAGACUCUGCACUUGAAGUAGAGGCACUGGAUGAACUAAAAGAACUUGUUUCCACAGAGGAAGUUAUAAAUGAUUCAACUACACUAUCUUCGCAGCUGGACCUAGAGGAGAGCAGUGUAGUGCCAAGCUGCACCUCUUGUUCUUUGUCAUCAGCAGAACUGAUGGUUUACUUGUCAGAAGAAAAAUCUGAUGGCAUAUGUAAGACCAGACAAAGAGAAUCCAUAAUUCCAAGCAAUAUUGUAUGCCCUUCACAACCGUUUGCUGAUGCUAUGUUUAGUACACCCUUUAACACUGACAAACAUGACGAUUUGGAACCAUGUGGUUCUGACAAUACAAAGGAACUGGAGGCACUGGUUGAUCAGACAGAGCUCAUAACCACAGGGGAAGUUCUACAUUAUUCAGUAAUACAGUCUGUGCAGCUGGACCAAGAGAGCAGCAUUCUGCAGAGCUGUUCGUCAUGCUCCUUGUCAGCAGAUCUAGUGGUUUCGUCAUUUGAUGCCAACUCUGACUGCAUAUUUGAGGAGAGCAUAGAAAAUGAGUCCAAAGGUACAAACAAUAUACAAUUCUCAGAAGAGACAACUAUACCUCUAAGUGGGGUAUUAAAAAUGCAAUCAGAUGCUUAUGGAGGCAGAAAUGAAGAUGUUGAAAAUAAAGUUUCAGAUUCUAAAACACUUCUCUAUAGCUUACAUGAGAACAUAAAAGUAAAAAAUGACCCAGAAGGGGUUUCUGAACUUAAAACUGAUGUUUUAUUAACUUUAAAUAAAUCUAGUGACAACACAAUUGAAUUAGAGCAUGAUGCUGGGGAAGUUUUUGAGAACUGCAUGCUAAAUAAAGAACUUGCACUUUAUGUACAGGACACAUGUUCAAAAAACCCUGAAACUUCCUUGAUAGGAAAUGAUUGUCUUGCAGCGGCACAUCAGAAAAGAGAUGAACAUGUGAGAACAGCCCCUGAAACCAAAGUAAUUGAGAGUGAUAAGGCAGGUGUCUUAGAGGGUAGUGACAUCCAUGAACUCAGCUCAUCAGAAAAAUGUCAUUCUGAGACUUUGCAGAAGAGUAUGGUUUCUCAUGAACCGCAGCCGAAGAGUUGCGUAGAAAGUGUACAGACCAGUUAUAAGGAGGUAGAAACAUUGAGUAAAGUACCUGUAUUAGUUCAACAUGCAUCAACAAAGGAAGAUGAAAGGGAAAAUAUUAAAGAUCCCAGUUGGAUUUUAGAAAACCACACAGAGCAUUGUUUGACAGAAUGUCUUGAAGUUGUUCUAAGAAAGAAAGAAACCGACAGUAUGUUGAAAUGCAGUACUACUCCUGGUUUCAAGGAAGAACAUCUUGACCAUGGUAGCAUGGAGUCUGUAGCCAAAGAUCUGCUGUCCAGUAGCUGUAUAGAGUCUGGCUGUACCGGAAUAUUAGUACAAGACAUUGAUGCCAAUCUACUAAAUGCAUUUUCUCAGGAUUUUGGAAAUUAUGAGCAUUUGCCGACCUCUGAAACCGCAACUAAAAAGGUAUCUGGAGAGAUCUCAGGAGCAUUACUUGGAGAAUAUGAAGUAAAGAUGGUAGAGCAGUUGGCAUUUAACAUUAUUUCCCAAGUAAUUGUAGCUGCAAAGCAAGAAAUUCUUUCUGGCACAUUGAGUGAUAGGUCAGAUACAAGUUGCCAGAUAAUUCAUGACAAACUUUGCGACUCAGAUGUAGAGACAUGCACAUCUACACAAAGUAAUCCUUUUGCACUUGAGCAGGUUAGCUCUGCUUCUAAUGAACAAACUGAACACUUCUAUGAAAAAGACCUGUCCUGUGAGUGUACACACCAAGAAUUCAAAUAUAUGGAAAAUAUUAAAAGUAAAAGAGGCAAGGCCAAUACAUCUUUAAUGGAGGAAGAAAUGCAAAUACCAAAGACAUCGGAGGGAACGAUACACAAAGAUCCAAACCUCAGUCCAGUUCAAGCUGGCGAUUCUUUUGAUGAAGCACAUAUGGUUAUAGAGGACUCUAGUUUAAGUGUCUGUACGUCAGAAGAUGGGAUAUGCAUGGACGAUCAUUUGCAUAGCACUAGACUAUCAAGUUUUACUAUUAGUUCCUAUGAUACUCUGAGCACAUCGGGUAUAGAAUUAUCAAGUGAGCAGAUUAGUAUGUCAAAAGUGAAAGUGAAGAAUGCUAAAGAAGUGGUGAAUAAGGGAGUUGUAUACAGCAAUGGAGAUAUAAAGGGAGGCUCUCCAGAUGUGAAAAAUGAGGCAUCUUGGACAGCAGAAAAUGAAGCUGAUCACUCCGGAGGAUCUGAUGUCAACAGCAUGGACUCUGUGGAUAGUGGUUGUGCUCUGGUAAAUAUUGACCAGCUUUCGAAUAACAAGCAGAAGGUGGAAGGAAAAUCGUCAGAUCUUGUCAUCUGGGAAUUUAUGGUGCCAUCGCAUUUGGUUGGUCGAUUAAUUGGGAAACAAGGAAGAUUUGUGACCUACUUGAAGGAAUCUUCUGGGGCUAAAAUUUAUAUUUCAACACUGCCUUACACACAAGAUGUUCAAAUUUGUCACAUAGAAGGCUCUCAGCAACAGGUUGACAGACUGCUAAGCCUAAUUGGCAAGAAAUUUAAAGAUCUAAACCUCACAAAUAUCUAUGCUCCCCCUUCUCCUGUAGCCUUGCACUCACUUCCUAUGACUUCAUGGCUAAUGCUCCCUAAUGGGGUCACAGUUGAAGUCAUAGUGGUCAAUGUAGUCAAUGCAGGACACAUGUUUGUGCAACAGCACACACAUCCUACAUUUCAUGCUCUUCGUAGUUUGGACCAACAGAUGCAUCUCUGUUAUUCUCAACCUGGUAUUCCAUCCUUGCCCACUCCAGUGGAAGUUGGUGUUAUCUGCGCAGCACCAGUUGACGAUAACACAUGGUGGAGGGCUCAAGUUGUUGCCUACUUCAAAGAAAGUGAUGAGGUGGAUAUAAGAUAUGUGGAUUAUGGAGGAUAUGAAAGAGUCAAGAUUGAUAUACUCCGACAAAUCAGGUCGGAUUUUGUUACCCUGCCUUUCCAAGGGGCAGAAGUUCUAUUGGACAAUGUAAUUCCUCUUGCAGGUGAGGAUCACUUUUCUUCAGAAGCAGAUGCUGCUGUAAAUGAACUGACAAAAGGCACAUCUUUACUUGCGCAGGUUACAAAUUAUGACAGUGCAACAAGUCUUCCACUCAUUCAGUUAUGGAGCAUGAUGGCAGAUGAGGUGGCGUCUAUCAACUGCACCCUAGUGGAGAGAGGCUUUGCACAGUGGAUAGACAGCUAUUAACAAGCCCCAAUACAACUUUUAAACCAGAAAUAAAGUACUGCAUCUUUAUUGGGCUUGGAACAUGGAAAGGACCGUUCAUGGGGGAAAAAAAAGGAUAUUAAAAGCCAUACUUUUUAAAGCAGUAACCUAUGUACUGGUCUUGCCUUAACAUUUCAUCAACUAUAUAUGGCAGCAGUGAAAUAUUUAUUUAUUCAUAGUUAAUAUGCUCAAUGAUCUGUCUCUACUACAAUACAUAUGGCAGACUAUAAAAGGGCUAUUUGCUAUUGAAUGAGUGGUGAAACAGAAUUAUAAGCUGGUUUAUGUGACUUACAUUUAUGGAGAGUUAACCUACAUCGCUUACUUUCUGUGCAUCUAUUUCUACAACAUUCUGUCUGCCAAGUCUCUCGUAAUUUAUCAUUUUUGUAACUGUGCAAAACAUUGUAAAUAUAGAUAAAAAAAUCAAUGUAAUAUUUUGUAUUGAAACACAUUCAAAAAAGGAACUUUGUGUUCCUAAAUUUUGUCGACUUUUGCUUAACAGUUUCUAGGACCGAAUCAUGCAUUUUCUGGAAAUCUGUGUACAAACAUGAGUGGUGUGCUUAAAUAUACUGUAUGGUCAUGUGAUAAUUUGCUACUUCGCUGUACAAAUGUAAAAAGAAACAAAAAAUGAACAUUAUAUUGCAAGGGUGUGAUCUUUUUUUAUUUCAUGAGAAAUGUAUUUUUAAAUAUGUUAAAUUAAUAUAAAUCCACUGGAAAGUUAACUGUAAAAUGAAUUUUCCUGAACCUGUGGUGACCGGGAGGAAAGAUGAAAUAAUAAAGCACUAAGUAAAGCAUAACGUAUUAACUGAAUGUUGCUACUUUAUAGGAGUAAA